AUGGGGUCUUUCCAAGCGCUGAAUGGAACAGGAAGUUCUGCAUUGCUUGAGACAUCAUGUGGAUAUUUGCUACAAGAGUUAGAGAUGAUAUGGGAUGAAGUUGGAGAAGAUCAAUUUGAAAGGGAAAAGAUUCUACUGGAAUUAGAACAAGAAUGCCUGGAAGUUUAUAGAAGGAAAGUUGAUACUGCAAACAUUUCACGAGCACGACUACAUCAACAACUGGCUGAAUCUGAGGCCGAAUUUACACACCUUCUUCUGUCACUUGGGGAGAGAUCACUCCCCGGACGUCCGGAGAAAAUGACUGGAACACUUAAGGAACAGCUAAAAUCGAUUAGCCCAGCUCUAAAGGAGAUGCAGUUUAGAAGAGAAGAUAGAGUAAAGCAAUUCCGAGUGGUACAAGGGCAAAUUCAAAAGAUUUCUGCAGAAAUAGCAGGUCAGCCGGUGUAUAAUGAUUCAUUCUCAAAUGUGGUGGUAAAUGAGAAUGAUCUUUCAUUAAAGAAACUUGAGGAGUAUCAGAAUGAGCUCGAGAGACUUCAUGCCGAAAAGAGUGACAGACUCCGAAGAGUGGAGAAUUAUAUAAGCUUCAUCCAGAACUUGGCAGCCACAUUAGGAAUGGAUUCUUCCCAGAUCAUCACAAAAGUACACCCGAGCCUUAAUGAAUUAUCCGGGCUGUCAAAGAACAUCAGCGAUGGUAUUCUGGAGAAGCUCGAUAGCACUGUCAACUCCCUUGAAGCAGAAAAGCAUACACGCCUGGAGAGGCUUCAACAACUUGGUAAAGCAUUGGCCAACCUAUGGAAUCUCAUGGACACGCCUAGUGAAGACCGUCAACAUUUCUUUCACGUCACUAGUUUAUCAUCAAUUUCAUCGGCUGAGAUAUUCACUCCUGGUGGCCUAACUCUCAGCAUAGUGCAACAGGUGGAAGCUGAAGUCAACAGGCUGGAUCAGUUAAAAGCGAGCAAAAUGAAAGAGUUUUUCUUCAAAAAAAAAGCUGAACUCGAGGAAAUAUGCAGUCGAUCUCACAUGGAAAUUCCUUCUAGAUCAGAAAUGGAAAAAAUAAUUAACCAACUAAACUCUGGGGAGAUUGACCAUGCCGAUCUCCUCACAAGCAUGGAUGAACAGAUAUCGAAAGCAGAAGAAGACGCUUUUAGUCGGAAGGCCAUAAUGGAAAAAGUUGAAAAAUGGAUCUUAGCACGCGAUGAGGAGCGAUGGUUGGAAGACUAUAGCAGGGAUGAGAACCGCUAUUCAGUCAGCAGAGGUGCUCACAAGAACCUUAAAAGAGCAGAACGUGCAAGAAUAAUGGUUAAUAAGAUACCAGCUUUGGUGGAUUUGCUGAUAUCCAAGACCAAGAGCUGGGAAGAAGAAAGAAAUAAAGUUUUCUUAUAUGAUGAGGUUCCUCUAUUGGCAAUGCUGGAAGAGUACAAUAUGCUGAAGAAGGAAAAGGAAGAGGAGAAACAAAGACAAAGGGAACUGAAGAAGGUCCAGAGUAAAGUAAACAUUGAGCAAGACAUUCCCUUUGGAUCAAGGCCGAGCACUAGUAAUCGACGUCUAUCAGAUAAAAGCAUGAAUGGAGGUUUUGGCAAUGCUAGCCCCUUACAUAGAAGGGUUUCCCUUGGCAUACAACAGGUGGGAUCGAAUAACAUCAACUCACCUGCUCAUGGCCUAUCUUUCAUAAAAGGAGGAAAGAAAUCACAAAGACAAAGGAUUUACGCUCAAACAGGCUUCGGUUCGCAUCUUAGAGACGACACAGUUUUUGUGCUGCUUCUGUUUCGCGAUCUCCUCAAUUCAAAUCUCAAGUCAUCUGACAUCUCAGCUUCGACUUGGUUAUUGCUGUUACAAGAAACUGUAUACUUGGCUGCAUUCUCAAAGUGUGGAUUGUCAUCUUUAUAA